AUGAGCUGCCCUCACUUGAAUCAGGCUUUCAAAAAUGAAAAAACCCGGGAUGGAGUCCUAAAAACUUACAAUAUGAUCCGGUACAUCAUAGAGCAUAGCACAUUUCAAAACCGUCAUUUGCUAUCGAUGAGAUGCACUGAAUGCUACGAAAUUAACCACGGGUCGACUUUUAUGUGCUUACAGUGCGGAUUUUGCGGAUGCUGGAACUCUGAGCAUUUUACCAUGCACAGCAAGAAAGUAGGACACAUUUUCGGUGUGAAUUCCAGCAACGGACUUUUAUUUUGUUUCAAAUGCAUGGAUUUUGUUAGCGGGAAUGAAAUGCUCACCAACUCCAUGCUCGUGAAAUACUGGGACGACAUAUCUGUGAAAACUUCACCACCCAGCCUUCAUGGGAGAGACGGCUUAUGUGGACUCGUUAAUAUGGGGUCGACCUGUUUCAUGAGUACCAUUGUCCAAACACUGGUCCAUAAUCCAUACGUGCUCAAAAACAGCCUCGAUCAGCAUCAUUAUGCACACUGUGAUUCUGACAACAGUUCGGCUUGUUUUUCGUGCGCCUUGGACACCGUAAUUGCGAACUUUUACGGUCCCUCAAGCGAGAGUUCUUUUCCGUCACAGCAGAAGGGCUUCAUCGAUUUACUGUUAUGUUCUUGGAAUGCUAACAAGAAUUUGGCUGGAUACUCUCAACAGGAUGCACACGAAUUCUUGCAGUUUUUUUUGAAUCAGUUACAUUCAGACUACGUCAGGAUCAAUAAAAACGCUGUGAUAAAGCCAGAAUUCUGUAAGUGUAUUGCUCACUCAGCAUUUCAAGGCACAUUGCGGAGCUCGAUCAUUUGCACAGAAUGCCACGAUGGCAGCAAUAUCAAGUUUGAUCCAAUGAUGGAUUUGUCCUUGGACAUAAACAACAAGACUACACUAAUUGAGUGUCUGCAGAGCUUUCAUGAGGGUGAAAAACUUACAGAUUUCAACCACAAGUGCCGCAACUGUGGAUCAGUUCAAAAUCCUAUCAAGCAAAUGACGAUCGCCAAACUACCACCAGUUUUGGUUCUGCAGUUGAAGCGAUUUGAACAUCGCAUGACAGGUAAUAGCGUGAAGCUUAAUGACUUCGUCCAGUUCCCCGCAUAUCUCAACAUGGCCCCAUUUUGCCAUAAGGAAGAGACCAAACAUGUUCCUGACCUCGUUUACGAGUUAGUAGCUGUCAUUUCUCAGGAGGGAUCUGUGAAUCAAGGCCAUUACACAAGCAUGUGCAAAAUAACGGGCGGUCAAUGGUUUCGUUUUAACGACUCAAUGGUGACAAGUGUUUCGGAGGAAGAUGUGCUGCGCCAACAAGCAUACCUAGUAUUUUACGUCAUUCGCCAAAUCGGUUGA